AUGUCUAAACCAUCCGUUCUCAUCGUGGGAGGCGGCGUCUUCGGGACCUCCACGGCAUACCACAUGUCCCUACGUGGAUACAGCUCCGUCACAGUCCUCGAUCGCUUCGAUGCGCCUUCCAAAGAUUCAGCAGCGACCGAUUUGAACAAGGUCGUCCGCGCCGACUACCCCAACCCGCUGUACGCCAAGCUCGGCGACGAGACCAUGCGGGAGUGGACCAAUCCCAGCUCUAUCUUUGCAGGCAUGUACCGCGAGACGGGGUGGAUCAUGAGCGGGCACAGCAUGACCCGGGGAUGGCUCCACAGCGCCGUUGAGACCGCGAAGAAGGCCGGCCGUGAAGGUGUCAAGUUCAUGUCGACGGAAGAGAUGAAGCAGAGGUGGCCCGUCCUGACGGGCGACUUCCCAGACUGGACGAAUCUUUGGAGUCCUGUGGCUGGUUGGGUGCCAUCCGGUCAGGCGCUCUUGAGAAUGGCCAACGCCGCGAAAGCCCAGGGUGUCAAGUACAUUAGCGGAGAGGCCGGAUACGUCAAGAAGCUGCUGUAUGACAGCGACGGAACUUGCAAAGGCGCUAUCGCUGCAGACGGUACCAUUUACACGGCUGACAUUGUCGUGCUCGCAACUGGUGCCAACACGGCGACGCUAGUGGAUGCGAAGAAGGAGGUUGUGGCACAAACGUCCGUCAUCUGUGUGAUGAAGCUGGAGCCACAUGAGGUUGAGAAGUACAAGGACAUCCCCAUUAUUGAUGACUUUGAACAAGGCAUCAUUUUCCCACCAGAUGAGAACGGGUUGAUCAAACUCUGCAGUGUGCGCUUGCUCACGAACUAUCGCAACCGAUAUGUUGCGGGAGCUUCAGUGACGCAUUCUCUUGCGGACUACCCAGAUGACGGGUGUCCCAAGGAAAUUGAGGAGGAAAUGCGGACCUUCGUUCGUGAGAUGAUUCCAGAGCUAGCUGAUCGACCAUUCGUUUCCACCAAGCUUUGCUGGGAUGGAAUUGCCUCAGACUUGAACUUCAGAGUUUGCCCGUACCCCAACACUAAAAACCUCUUCGUCGCCACAGUUGGCUCUAAUCACGGUUUCAAGUUCUUGCCAAUCAUUGGCAAGUAUGUUAUUGACAUGUUGGAGGGCAAACUGAGUGAGGAUUACAAGGACUUAUGGUCUUGGAAGAAUGGCCGAGUUCCUGAGGGCACACAGGAUCCACACCCAUGGCCUCUUCGAGAUCUUUCCGACUUGUCGGGUUGGCGAAGCCGUAAUGCUGCAGGAGGUGGUAAGCUGCCAUGGACUUGGAGCCGUCUUUGA